UGAAACUGCAAUGCUGUUGCUUUUAUAAGGCAGCCCACUCAAGCACCCACUCUACAAUUAUGAGAAGAUCUCAGGAAGUAAAUAGAAAAGGUUUUUGACUAGAUUCUAUAAGAAUUGAGUUUAGAGUAUAAGACUGUGCACAUGGGAAAAUCACUGUCAGAGUCUUCUGCAUCCAAGCCAUAUCAGGGAGUGAGAGUCAAAGACCCAGUGAAGGAGCUGCUGCGGAGAAAAAGAGGCAAUGCUGCCAGAACGACACCCCCCACUGCAGUAGGAACUAGAGCACACUUGAUGGUUCCCAACAACACUCUGCCACCUUACACACAUGCUGCGUCUUCUAGCUUCGUAGAAGUCAACCAGAGCGCCCUUAAUGAUUCAUUAGUGGAUAUCAGUGGGCUCUGCACAGGAUGGUUUGCCCAGACCACCAGCACAUCUGCUCUUCAACCUCUGAGUCACUGGAGUCCUCCUGACCAACACCACGACCCUGCCAUCCCGUCCCACGCAGAUAUGUACGUCCAGCCGAUCUGUCCCAGUUACACUGUGGUGGGCCCUUCUCCUAUGCUGACGUUACACACACCUCUCUUCACCAACCUUGCGACCAUGAGCACUUCCAGCUCAGCCCUGCCUCAGGUGGAGGCCCCGGACUCCUCCUUCACGUACAUCCCUUGGGCUCAGCCUUUAUCCACUAUCUCCGGCUCCGUUGUGCAGGGCCCCUCGAUGCCAGCGGCCCUGUCAGCCCCCCAGCUCUUCCCAGUGCCUCUGACCCUGCCAGUUCUCUCCCCAGAACCUGAGCCUCAGCAGGUGGAGACCCCCCCGGCCCCCGAGGGCACUCUGGCCCUUGAGAAACUGCUGGAAGAAGAUGAGGGCCAAAAAGAACCCUACAUCUGCAGCUCCUCACUGUUUUCAGAAGAUAUUUAAGAUAUUCGCAUUAGCACUCUUUUUGUGCAGCUUCUUAAUAUGUAGGAUUUGCUAAGGUGAUACAGAUAUUGAGCGUUUAGUACAGCAUUUUGGCAGCUCUUAUUAAAAAUGUAAUUUAGAAGAAAUAACAAAUUCUAGAAACUACUGUAAAAGGGAUACACUCUGGUUCCAUGAAGAACCUUUAAGAAACUCCAUGGAUCACUUCCAUUGCAAACAUUCUUUAGAUUUAUAAAAUGUUCUUUACAAAACAAUAAGUAUAUAAAAUUAAAUAAAUAAAUGCUAAAAAAAAAUGGUUCUUCAAUGCAAUCGCUGUAGCCCUUUUGGAACUUUUAUUUUUAAGUUCAGUCUAUUCAAGUCAAAUGUAUUUAUUUAUACAAAAUAAAUAUGCUGCAAAGCAGCUCUAACAAAACAAUAUUGCAAUUAUUCAGCUCUAGUCAAUUCAGUGUUGAUUCAGUUCAGUUCAAAAAUGGUGUAAAGUUCAUCAAUUAUGAAGCAAGUUAUAAUAACAAAAAAAAAAACAGCUGAAGCAACUCAAGUCAGAUCAGUGUUUGUACAAUUCAGUUCAAUAACUGUGUUGCAAAAGUCAUCAAAACAAAUUCUAUUCAGCUAUAAAGCAUCUCUUUAGAGGACAGUGGUGUCAUUAUUCAGCUCAAAUAUAUUUAAGUUUUAUUCUCAUCCAAUAGUGACAAUGCUGUAAAAUCGAUAAUAUCAAUGAAUGAGAGAGCAUAUAUUAAUGUCAGUUUUAACUGGAUUGUGUAGCUGCAAUUUAAAAAAAAAUAUAUAAUAUCUGCAGGAUCCCAUAAUCUGUUUACAUUUGUUUAUAUGCUAACAUUU